AUGUUGAAAUUCUUGUUAACUACACUUGCUAUCCUUUUGGCUAUAAAGGCAAACAUAGGGGAAGCAUUAAAAGAUAAAGAACAGUUAGCUAUGGAGGCAGUUGAGCAUAUUAGACAAAUCCGAAGUAGUCGACCUGUCGUCGGAUUGCCCAGUUCCGUCAGAUCAUUUUGUGGCACGGAUUAUAACUCGCCAACAUAUUAUGUUGACACUGUUGGUGCUACAUUUUCUGCGGUUCAGUUGAGCUUCUCUCUUUUGCAACACACAUUAAGUAGCAAUUACACUAAUGCAUUAAAGACCAUUCUCUGUGGAGGAGCUUUUCCCAAGUGUUCCGCAGAUUCUUCAACAGCUACUAAUGGAAAUUUUCAAAGCGCUUGUUCGGCACUAAACUCUUGCGGUAGUAACUUUCCUAACCUUGGUCCCCAAUCAUUUUUACAAUACUGCAAUGAAUCAGGAAAAACAUUUAGUUUAAGAACAUGUUCUAAAUUUAAAGCAGGAACAUUCAGUUCUCAAUAUUGCGAAGCACUACCGGCAAACAUUACUUUUCCAUAUUAUUAUUCAGUGGAAAACUUAGCUGCUCGUGCAGUGGCAAUUUCUGCACUGCAAACAGCUUUCUCUAACGCGGCAGUUACCAGCACUUGUGGAACUAAAUGGACCAAUAUAGCUUGCGUUCUUAUUCCAUCCUGUAGUAGCGAUAGGACUACAGUACUUUCAGCUGUAACUAAACAGCAAUGUCAAGAUGCUAUCAAUUGUUUACCAAGUAGCCUUCAAAAUAGCUAUAGAAUAAUUUAUAAUUGCUCGGCGUAUCCUGAUUCAAAUAGCACAACAGUGUGCACGCCUUCCGGAGAGGCUUAUAGGUCGGCUGGAAUAACUGUGCCUACAUGCACACUUCUAACAGAUUGUUAUAUGGACAUAUGCAAAGAUCAUAAGUUGGAGUUUGACUCUAAGGUUUUACGUGGAGAAUUGAUCACAAAAACCGUCUUCUGA